AUGCUGCUACUCUGGACACUGUCACUGCUGCUGGGAGCAGUAGCAGGAAAAGAAGUCUGCUACGACAGACUCGGCUGCUUCAGCAAUGAAGAGCCAUGGGCAGGAACAGCGCAAAGACCCCUCACAGUAUUGCCCGAUUCUCCAGAAGACGUCAACACCCGCUUCCUCCUGUACACCAACGAGAACCCAGACAGCUAUCAAGUAAGGACGCUCGCUGAUCCCUCGACUAUCAGUAGAUCCAAUUUCAAAACAGAUAGAAAAACCCGCUUUAUUAUUCACGGAUUCCUAAGCUCAGGAGAAGGAGGCUGGCUGGCCAAUUUGUGCGAGAACAUAUUACAGGUGGAAACCGUGAACUGUAUCUGUGUGGACUGGGAAGGUGGCUCCCGAACUACAUACUCAAAGGCCACACAGAACGUCCGGAUUGUGGGGGCAGAAGUGGCAUAUCUCGUGGAAUUUCUUCAGUCCUCAUUCGGGUACUCACCUUCCAACGUCCACCUCAUUGGCCACAGCCUGGGUUCACACGUUGCUGGGGAGGCUGGAAGGAGGACCAAUGGGGCCAUCGGACGAAUCACAGGGUUGGAUCCAGCUGAGCCUUACUUUCAGGACACCCCUGAAUUAGUUCGAUUGGACCCCAGCGAUGCCCAAUUUGUGGAUGUAAUUCACACGGAUACUUCUCCCUUUCUCCCCAACUUGGGGUUUGGAAUGAGUCAAAAAGUGGGCCACCUAGACUUCUUUCCCAAUGGAGGAGAAGACAUGCCCGGAUGUGGUCACAUCUUUCGCUCUACAGAUAUUAAUGCAGAUAAGAUGGAGAAAGGAAUUAUUGACUCUCUGAGCUGUAAUCACGGAAGAAGUUAUGAGUUUUAUACUGCUAGCGUCAUCAACCCUGACGGCUUUGCUGGAUUUCCUUGUACCUCUUAUGAAGAUUUCACUGAAGACAAAUGCUUCCCCUGUCCAAGUGAAGGCUGCCCUCAGAUGGGUCAUUACGCUGACAGAUAUUCUGGGAGGACAAGUGAAGUGGGCCAGGAAUUUUAUCUAAACACUGGUGAUUCCAAAAACUUCCCUCGUUGGAGGUAUAAGGUAACUGUCACACUGUCUGGGAAAAAGGUUACAGGACAUGUGCUAGUUUCUUUAUAUGGGGAUAAAGGAAUCUCUCAGCAGUUUGACAUUUUCAAGGGCUCUCUCAGCCCAGACACUACUCUCUCUAAAGAGGUUGACGUGGAUGUGGAAGUUGGGGACUUGCAGAAGGUGAAAUUUCUUUGGUAUAACAAUGUGAUCAACCUAACUCAACCCCAAGUGGGAGCAUCCAGGAUCACAGUGGAAAGAAAUAAUGGAGAAGAGAAAACAAUGUUCGCCUUCUGUAGUGAUGAUACCGUGGGGGAGGACGUUCUGCUAACCCUCACCCCGUGCUAG